CAUAGAUCCCAACAAGCUUGCUGUUCCAGAGGGUAAUCCCGUGGGAGAGAGAAACGACGAAGGCGGCGCAAAUCGCCUUGAACGUUCAAAUGAAUACGUGCAGGAAGGGAAUUACUACCAGGCAAGGCAAGAAUACAGUGCUGUUUUGGAACAAAAAAAUCAUGGCGCACAUCUUAAGACUCCUACAUCGCUAGGCAGGCCGUCAACCUGUUCUCGCCAAACCGCUGGAGCUUAAGGUGCUAGCCCUCGUCGUCCUCAACUCCCUCAUGCCACAGGUGGAAGCUUUCCUGCCCCCACCCGUGAACCGUCAGGUAAUAUCCACGAUGAAUAUCAUCACAACACGGCCGAAACCGUUCAAAACCGACAAAAAGUGCCACGGCCACAGGGUAAGGAUAAAGGGCCAAGUGUCUCGCCCCGGCGUCGAUGGCCCUGUCCUGAAAAAAAAGUUUAACGUGCAAGGAAGUAAUCUGCCCUUCACUCCGUAAAAAUAGCGAACGGUGUCGCCUGAUGGACGGGGGGGGGUCUCUUGCUUAACAAACACCAAAACACGCGCAAUCGUACCAUUCCUUGAGCGUAAAGCUCUUUGCAUGUAUAAUGCCCUCAUUGUAAGACUGAAUGGGAGAAAACGCUUAACAGAGGUAUCGAAGUACUUGUCCAAGCAUCCCGGGACCCACCCAGCUCGACUUGAAUUUCAAUAAAGCGAGAAAACACACACACUUGACAUUUACGUGGUAAUGUCUGUACGAGUAUAGUCUUCAUCGUUUCCUCUCAUUUGGAGAUGGCCUUUCGCGGAUAGUUUUGAUCGAAGAUAGACUGGAUAGAUCGACAGGGGCGGGAGACUUGUGUUGUCAUUUAUCGCAAGGACACAACUGCUUGCAAUUCCGUACUAUCCAGUUGCAAUAUGAUAAUAUUUAAG